GAUAUUACAACAGAAUUCACUCAGGAAACCUCCAAAGUUUGUUCAGUUACCAUCCCUGCUAACACUGUCAUCGGAAAAUCUGUUGACAAAGAUGUCAAGGAAGAGAAAACAAGAGAGCUGACUGCUGAUCCAAUUAAAUCUGCAGAGGUCAAUGCUACAGCUAAAACUUCACCUGAGAAAAUGAAGCCCAAACCAGAUAAUACAAUGGAAUCUGUUGAGGAAACCUCCAAAUCUCCUACUAUCACUGCUGCUACCAGCACUGUCACCACAAAAUCUGUCAAUAAAGAUGUAAAGGAAGAGAAGACAGAAAAGGUGAUUACUGAUCCAAUUAAAUCUGCAGAGGUCAAUGCUACAGCGAAAAAUUCACCUGAGGAAGUGAAGCCUAAACCGGAUAUUAAAAUGGUUUCUGUUGAGGAAACCUCCAAAGCUCCUACUAUCACUGCUUCUGCCAGCACUGUAAUGACAAAACCUGUUAAUAAAAAUGUUGAGGAAGAGAAGACAACAAAGGUGAUUUUGGAUCCCAUUAAGUCAACAGAGGUUAAUGCAAUGGCUAAAAAAGCACCUGAAGCAGUUAAGUCCACACCAGAUAUUACAAUGGAAUCCACACAGGAAUUCUCCAAAGUUUCUACUGUCACUGCUACAUCAAAAACUGUCACCACAAAAUCUGUUGACAAAGAUGUCAAGGAAGCAAAGACAACAAAGGUAACUGAGGAUCCCAUUAAGUCAGCAGAGGUGAGCACUACAGGUAAAACUGUACCUGAGGAAGUGCAACCCAAACCAGAUAUUAAAAUGGUUUCUGUUGAGGAAACCUCCAAAGUUGUCAAGGAAGAGAAGACAGAAAAGGUGAUUGUGGAUCCCUUUAAGUCUGCAGAGGUCAAUGCAACAGCUACAAAAGCAACCAAAAAAGUAAAAUCCAAACCAGAUAUUCCAAUGGAAUCCACUCAGGAAACGUCAAAAGAUCCUACUAAUACUGCCACAUCAAAAACUGUCACCACAAAAUCUGUUGACAAAGAUGUCAAGGAAGAGAUGACCAAACUGGUGACUGCGGAUCCAACUAAAUCUGCAGAGGUCAGUGCACCUGCUAAAACUGCACCCGAGAAAGUGAGGCCUACACCAGAUAUCAUAACAGAAUCUGCUCAGGAAACCUCCAAGGUUCCAUCUGUCACUGCUACUGCCAUCCCUGUCAGCAGAAAAUCUGGUGAGAAAGAGGUCAAGGAAGAGGUUGGUGAUCCAAUUAAAUCUGCAGAGGUCAAUGCUACAGCUAAAACUGUACCUGAGGAAGUGAGGCCCAAACCAGAUAUUACAAUGGAAUCCUUGCAGGAAACCUCCACCGUUCCUACUGUCACUGCCACAUCCAAAACUGUUGGCACAAAAUCUGCUAACAAAGAUGUUAAAGAAAAGAUGACUGAAAAGGUGACUGUAGAUCCAAUGAAAUCUGCAGAGGUCAAUGCUAUAACUAAAGCAGCAACAGAAAAAGUGAAGCCCAAACCAGAUAUUUCAACAGAAUCUGUUAAGGAAACCUUUGAAGUUUCUAAUGUCACUGCUGCUGCCAGCACUGUCAUCACAAAACCUGUAAAUAAAGAUGUCAAGGAACAGAAGACAACAAAGGUGACUGCGGAUCCCAUUAAAUCUGCGGAGGUUAAAACAACAGAUGACGUGGAAACUGAUAAAGUUAGGCCUCAAGCAGUUAUUACAACGACACCUCCUCAAGAAACCUCCAAACUCCCUACUCAAACUUCCACCGUCAGCCCUGCAUUGUCAAAAUCUGUUGGUACAGUUCUUGGAAAAAGCAAGCUUAAGAAAGCAAAGCUUAAUGAGGAAUCCGUUAAACCCACAGAAGUGAAGACUGAAGUUGCAACUGAAUCUAAAAAAGAAAAUACUAAGUCAGAGAAAACUGGUGAUGUAUAUGUCACUCAGGAGACUACCAAACCCGAACCUGACAGCACCACGAACAAACCAGUGGGACUUACUGAUGCAACAGAGAAAAUCUCCAAAGUUAAAAUGACUCAGGAACCUAUUCAGGUUAAACCAACCUCAGAGAAUCUCUCGGCAAAGCCUAAAACUGAUGAAGUAAUCCAGAAAAUUAAUACAGUAAGUGAAACUACCAUAAGUGCAAAGACUGUCUCAGCACUUGUGGGCAGUGCUGAAGAUGCACAGCUUGUCACAGGGAAAAAUAAAAUAUCAGAGAUAAUUACAAAACAGAGGAGAACUGAUGUAAAAGUGGUUCCUCAUGUCAAGAAAGAUGAAACAGUUCUUCCAGAGGAGGUCCCUAAAGAUUCAGUGCAGGGCCCUACAACAGAACAAAAAGAGCCCGAUUCAUCUAAGGCUGCUCAAAAUGUUGUCACAGAGGUGGUUAAAGAAGCCAAACAAGUGAUUGAGGGAAGCUCAAAAUCAAAAAGAAAGAAAAAAAAAUCUCCAGGUGAGAAAUCAAAGAGUAUAGAUGCUGAGAAUCCCUCUGAAUCAAAGGAAGAAACCUCUGAAGACAAGUCCUCAAAGGUGGCAGAAUUUACCAUCCAACCUACACCAGUUAGUACCUCAGAGCCUCUAACUGUGUCUGCCAGCAUAAAGACAGCAGGGAAAACUAAGGCUGAGGCAAAAUUAAAUGUUGACACAAAGCAAAUAAAAGAAGUCCCGAAACAAAUGGAUGAGAAGCCAAAGGAGAAGGACCUUAAACAGACAAAGAUUAUUGCAGAAGAAGCAUCACCAUCAUUAUGUCAAAUCCCUACAGUGCCCCUAGUGGAUGUAAAAGACAUUGUUGAUGGAAGCAGUAUCAGCAAGGGACCAUUAUCCCCUGAGGGCGACUUAAAGGCUGUGUUGCGUCAUAAAGAGCCAGUGAAAUCUGAGAAAAAGACCAUAACUAAACUGGAAACAGUGACGGUGCAGAAAACAAGUCAAGUGGAACUUCUGCAAACAAACCCUAAACCUGAAGAGAAAAUCCCUGGGCCUCUGUCGGAGUCUCAGAAACCCACAUUGGAGGCAAAAUCCCUAAUAAGUACAAUGAAAGCUGCAGAGGAGGCUUCAAAGGAAAAGAAAAAAGGGAAAGGGAAAAAACAGGCUAAGGCAACAGAAUCAGAGACUAUACACACAAAGCCUGUUCUUUUGCCAUCCACUGACAUUACAUCAUUGCCCAAGGUUGCAGUUAAAGACAGCCCUGUCACAGCCUCUGAACUGACAGACCAUGUUUCUCCAAAGAUGACUCCUAAAAGAAUGUGCAGUGAGGAAGUCAGGCAGGCAGCAGCUGUGUUCUCUGAGGCCCCAGCAGACAAAGGAGAGGUGGAGCCAGCGCUGCUCUCUGCAGAAAAAAUCAAGCAGGAGGUUCCGAAACUAGAAACAUCUUCCACUGCGAGGGAAGCACCCGCAGCCGGAGAAUUAGCGUCAGCAGCACCAGCAGUAACAGCAGAGGCAGCUGUAGCUCAGGCACAGGCCAGCCCCCUCGUCAGGAAAGAGGAGCCUCCCAAAGUUGCACAACAUUCGGCCACUCGAGCAGCAGAGUGCAGCACAGAGGAAAGGCUCUCUGUUUCUGAGGCCUUAAAGCAGGAGGAAGCGAAGAAGAGGGACUUGGAGGAGGACACACCCUCUGCCACUGCCACACCCAUAGCCCAGCCUGACCGGCCUCACCUGGACAACACCUGUGAAUCUGAACAAUCUGACAUAGACGAGGCCACCAUGAAGAGGAAAAUUGUUGUGGUGGAGGAGAUAGUUGAGGUAAAGCAGCUUAUCAACCCUGAGGCAGGUGGGGAGCAGUCACCUCCUUCAUCUGUGCAAGCUGAGGUGGAAGGAGAGGAACUGGACCUGGAUGUUCUGGAGGCAAUCGCUAUACAGCGAUCAGUCCUGUCAGGGACGGCAAGUGCCAAGGUGCAAGGAGUCUCACCUGAAGCAGACUGGGACCACUCACUGGAGGAACCAGAGGAGAAGACGUGGCCUAACUUCAUUGAAGAUGAACGAGAUCGAGUACAGAAAAAGACCUUCACAAAAUGGGUGAACAAGCACUUGAUAAAGGCGCAGCGUCGUGUGUCAGACCUGUAUGAAGAUCUUCGAGAUGGACAUAACCUGAUCUCGUUGCUGGAGGUCCUCUCUGGGGAAACACUGCCGAGGGAGAGAGACGUGGUCAGGAGCGCUCGGUUGCCCAGAGAGAAAGGCCGCAUGAGAUUCCACAAACUGCAAAAUGUACAGAUAGCACUGGACUUCCUCCGGCACCGGCAGGUCAAACUGGUCAACAUCAGAAAUGAUGACAUCGCAGAUGGGAACCCCAAGCUAACGCUGGGGUUAAUAUGGACCAUCAUCCUCCACUUCCAGGUCUCCUCCUCAAUCUCAGAUAUUCAGAUCAAUGGCCAGUCAGAAGACAUGACGGCCAAGGAGAAGCUGCUGCUCUGGUCCCAGAGGAUGACGGACGGCUACCAGGGCAUCCGCUGUGACAACUUUACCACCAGCUGGAGGGACGGCAAACUCUUCAAUGCUGUCAUACACAAGCACUACCCCAGACUCAUCGAUAUGAGCAAAGUGUACCGACAGACCAACAUGGAGAACCUAGAACACGCCUUCAGUGUGGCCGAGAGAGACCUGGGAGUGACACGCCUCCUGGACCCUGAAGACGUGGAUGUCCCACAUCCUGAUGAGAAAUCCAUCAUCACUUACGUGUCAUCCUUGUAUGAUGUCAUGCCUCGUGCUGAAGCCCCCGUCAGAUCUAACGACCUAGAGCUGCGCUGGCAGGAGUACUAUGAGCUGGUGACUGUUCUGCUCCAGUGGAUGCGCCACCAUGUCAUGAUCUUCGAAGAGAGGAAGUUCCCCGCCAGCUAUGAGGAGAUAGAGCUUCUUUUGCGGCAGUUCUCUAAGUUCAAAGAGACAGAGCUGCCAGUGAAAGAACAAGACAAGAACCGCUCAAAACACAUCUACCAAUCCUUUGAGAGCGCAGUGCAUGCUGGUCAGGUGAAGGUCCCUCCUGGUUACCAUCCCAUUGAUGUGGAGAAGGAAUGGGGUCGACUCCAUGUGGCCAUCCUCGAGAGAGAGAAGCUGCUCAGGAUAGAGUUUGAAAGACUUGAGAGGCUCCAGAGAAUUUAUAGCAAAGUCAAUAUGGAGUCAGGGAUAUGUGAUGACCAGCUCAGCUACCUGACCUCCCUGGUGCAAUCGGAUAUUCGCCUCCUGAGUGCAGGGAAACCGGCACAGCACACAGCAGAGGUGGAAAGGGAGCUGGACAAGGCAGAAAACAUGAUUCGCCUGCUCUUCAAUGAUGUGCAGAUGCUGAAGGAUGGGCGCCACCCUCAGGCUGAACAGAUGUACCGCAGAAUUUACUGCCUCCAUGAGCGUCUGGUGAACUUGCGCAGCGAUUACAACCUUCGUCCCAAGACUGCUAGCGUGACUACUUCCCAGGUGAAUCUGACCAAGAGCACCCAGCAGUCCACCAUGAAGGCACGGCCAGAGCUGGAUGACGUGACCCUGCGCUACAUCCAAGACCUGCUGGCCUGGGUGGAGGAGAACCAGCGUCGCAUUGAUGAUGCCGAGUGGGGAUCUGACCUGCCUUCGGUGGAGUCCCAGCUGGGCAGCCACAGGGGCCUGCAUCAGACCGUGGAGGACUUCAAAUCCAAGAUUGAACGGGCCAGGGCAGACGAGAACCAACUGUCACCUGUCAGUAAGGGCACAUACAGAGAAUAUCUGGGAAAACUGGACCUUCAGUAUGGCAAACUACAGAACUCUUCCAAAUCCCGUCUAAGGAACUUGGAUUCUCUGCACAGCUUCGUCAGUGCUGCCACUAAGGAACUGAUGUGGUUACAUGACAAAGAAGAGGAAGAGGUCAACUUUGACUGGAGUGACAGGAACAGCAACAUGACGGCUAAGAAAGACAACUACUCGGGUCUCAUGCGAGAGCUGGAGCUGAGAGAAAAGAAGGUCAAUGAUAUCCAGGCUAUGGGUGACAAACUUGUCAAGGAUGGACAUCCUGGCAAGAAGACAGUAGAGUCCUUUACAGCUGCCCUGCAGACUGAAUGGAGCUGGAUCCUCCAGCUAUGCUGCUGUAUAGAGGCUCAUCUCAAAGAAAACACAGCCUACUACCAGUUCUUUGGCGAUGUUAAAGAGGUGCAGGACAAGAUGAAGAAAAUGCAAGAGAACAUGAAAAAGAAAUACAGCUGCGAUCGCUCUACAACAGCCACACGCCUGGAGGAUCUGCUGCAGGAUGCUGUGGAGGAGAAAGAGCAGCUGAAUGAGUUCAAGACUCUGGUGACUGGCCUGAACAAGAGAGCCAGGUCCAUCAUCCAGCUGAAACCACGAAACCCCACCACCUCCAUCAAAGGCAAAACACCCAUUCAAGCUGUCUGUGACUUCAAGCAGCAGGAGAUCACUGUUCACAAAGGAGAUGAGUGCGCCCUCCUCAACAACUCUCAGCCCUUCAAGUGGAAGGUCUUGAACCGUGCUGGACAUGAGGCAGUGGUGCCUUCAGUCUGCUUCAUGGUACCUCCAGUCAACAAGGAGGCUGUGGACAGUGUGUCAAGUCUGGAUGCAGGUCAUCAGCAGAUGGUGUCCAUGUGGCAAAAGCUCCAUAUAGACAUGAAGAGUCUGCUGUCAUGGCAGUACCUGAUGAGAGAUUUCACACAGAUACGCUCCUGGAACAUCUCCGUGCUGAAGACGAUGAAGCCAGAGGAGUACCGGCUGAUCAUGAGGAACCUGGAGCUCCACUACCAGGACUACAUGCGUGACAGCCAGGACUCACAGCUCUUCGGCCCUGAUGACCGCAUGCAGGUCGAGGAGGACUACAACAAGUCUACCCAGCAUUUCGACAACCUGCUUCGCUCCAUGGAGAAAGGUCAACAGAAUGAGUCUCUGUGUAAGAACUACAUCUCUGAGAUCAAGGACCUGCGUCUGCGUAUAGAAGACUGCGAGGCUCAGACUGUGGCUCGCAUUCGCAAACCUGUGGAGAAGGAGCCUUUGAAAGAAUGUGUUCAGAAGACCACAGAGCAGAAGAAAGUCCAGGUACAGCUGGAUGGCCUCAAGAAGGACCUUGAUAAGGUAUCUGUCAGGACAAAAGAAGUCUUGGCCUCCCCUCAGCAGUCUGCCUCAGCUCCUGUUCUCCGGUCAGAGCUUGAUGUCACCGUGCAGAAGAUGGAUCAUGCUCACAUGCUGUCCUCCGUUUAUCUUGACAAGCUGAAGACUGUGGAAAUGGUCAUCCGUAACACGCAGGGUGCUGAAGGAGUUCUCAAGCAGUAUGAGGACUGUCUGCGGGAGGUUCACACUGUGCCUGGUGAUAUCAUGGAAGUAGAGACUUACAGGACAAAGCUUAAGAAAAUGCGAGCUGAAGCUGAGGGUGAACAGCCAGUGUUUGAUUCCCUGGAAGAAGAGCUGAAGAAAGCCUCUGCUGUGAGUGACAAGAUGUCCCGUGUGCACAGUGAGCGUGAUGUUGAGCUGGACCACUACCGCCAGCUCCUGUCUAGCCUCCAGGACCGUUGGAAGGCCGUGUUCACCCAAAUCGAGCUUCGCCAGAGAGAGCUAGAGCAGCUUGGUCGCCAGCUAGGCUACUAUCGCGAUAGCUACGAUUGGCUAAUCCGCUGGAUUGCCGAUGCCAAGCAAAGGCAGGAGAAGAUCCAGGCUGUGCCCAUCACUGACAGCAAAACUAUGAAAGAACAACUUGCUCAAGAGAAGAAGUUGCUGGAGGAGAUUGAGCAGAACAAAGACAAGGUUGAUGAGUGUCAAAAAUAUGCUAAAGCAUACAUUGAUACUAUCAAGGACUAUGAACUCCAGUUGGUCGCCUACAAAGCGCAGGUGGAACCUCUUGCUUCUCCCCUGAAGAAAACUAAACUGGAUUCUGCUUCUGAUAAUAUUAUUCAGGAGUAUGUAACACUGAGGACUCGGUACAGUGAGCUGAUGACUCUGACUAGUCAGUACAUCAAGUUCAUCACCGACACGCAGCGCCGCUUGGAGGACGAGGAGAAAGCUGCAGAGAAACUCAAAGCGGAAGAACAGAAAAAAAUGGCCGAGAUGCAGGCUGAGUUAGACAAACAAAAGCAGUUAGCUGAAGCUCAAGCAAAGGCCAUUGCUAAAGCCCAGAAAGAGGCUCAAGAGCUGAAGCACAAAAUGCAGGAAGAAGUAAUCAAGAGAGAAAAUGCUGCUGUAGAUGCAGAAAAGCAAAAGAAAAACAUUCAACUGGAACUGCAUGAGCUGAAAAACCUCUCAGAUCAGCAGAUCAAGGACAAAAGUCAACAAGUGGAUGAAGCUCUUCAAAGCCGUGUGAAAAUUGAGGAAGAAAUCCGCCUCAUCAGGAUCCAACUAGAAACAACAGUAAAACAAAAGUCUACUGCAGAAGCUGAGCUCAAGCAACUUCGCGAUAAGGCAAAUGAAGCUGAGAAACUCAGAAAGGCUGCCCAGGAUGAGGCUGAAAAGCUCCGCAAACAAGUUAAUGAAGAGACACAGAAAAAGCGCAUGGCUGAGGAUGAACUCAAACGCAAAUCUGAAGCAGAAAAAGAAGCCGCAAAGCAAAAACAGAAAGCUCUGGAAGACCUUGAAAACCUCAGGAGGCAGGCAGAGGAGGCUGAAAGACAAGUGAAGAAAGCAGAGGUUGAAAAGGAAACACAAAUCAAGAUUGCUCAUGAAGCAGCCCAGAAGAGCGCUGCCGCUGAGCUCCAGAGCAAACACAUCUCUUUUGUUGAAAAGACCUCAAAGUUAGAGGAAUCACUCAAGCAAGAGCAUGGUGCUGUUGUUCAGCUGCAACAGGAAGCAUCGCGACUCAAGAAACAACAGGAGGAUGCAGAAAAGGCCAGAGAAGAGGCGGAAAAAGAACUUGAUAAAUGGAGACAGAAAGCUAACGAGGCCCUUCGCCUGAGACUCCAAGCUGAAGAAGAAGCUCACCAAAAGAGCCUCGCUCAAGAAGAAGCUGAGAAACAAAAGGAGGAGGCAGAGCGUGAGGCGAAGAAGAGAGCCAAAGCUGAGGACUCAGCCCUGAAGCAGAAGGAGAUGGCCGAGAAAGAGCUUGAGAGGCAGAGGAAGGUCGCCGAGAACACAGCUCAACAGAAACUCACUGCAGAACAGGAACUCAUUAGACUUAGGGCAGACUUUGACAAUGCAGAACAGCAGAGAUCUCUCCUUGAAGAUGAACUUUACCGCCUGAAGAAUGAAGUCGCUGCAGCUCAGCAACAAAGGAAACAACUGGAAGAUGAACUUGCCAAAGUCAGGAGUGAAAUGGAAGUACUCAGUUCAAUGAAAUCUAGGUUAGAAGAGGAGACCAUGUCCAACACAGAGAAGAGCAAACAACUUCUUGAGGCAGAAGCUGCCAAGAUGAGGGACCUGUCUGAUGAGGCCAGCAAGCUCAGAGCCAUCGCAGAGGAGGCCAAGCAUCAGAGGCAAGUUGCUGAGGAAGAAGCAGCUCGUCAGAGAGCCGAGGCUGAAAGGAUUCUCAAGGAGAAGCUGGCUGCAAUCAGUGAUGCCACCCGGUUAAAGACGGAGGCUGAAAUUGCCCUGAAAGAAAAGGAAGCUGAAAACGAGCGACUCCGGCGACAAGCUGAGGAUGAGGCUUACCAGAGGAAAGCUCUUGAAGACCAGGCCAACCAGCACAAGCAAGACAUUGACGAAAAGAUAGUCCUGCUCAAAAAAUCAUCUGAAGCCGAAAUGGAACGACAAAAGGCAAUAGUGGAUGACACACUCAAACAGAGGCGAGUUGUUGAAGAGGAAAUCCGAAUUCUUAAGCUGAAUUUUGAAAAGGCUUCAUCUGGAAAACUUGAUCUUGAGCUAGAACUGAAUAAACUGAAAAACAUUGCAGAGGAAACUCAACAAAGCAAGCUCAGAGCACAGGAGGAGGCUGAGAAACUAAGGAAGCUUGCCCUCGAGGAGGAGAAGAGAAGAAGGGAAGCAGAGGAGAAGGUUAAGAAGAUUGCUGCUGCAGAAGAAGAGGCAGCCAGACAACGUAAGGCAGCCCAAGAUGAGCUCGAACGCCUGAAAAAGAAAGCAGAAGAAGCCAAAAAGCAGAAAGAUGAGGCUGAUAUAGAAGCAGAAAAACAGAUUGUUGUAGCCCAACAAGCAGCUCUAAAAUGCAGUGCAGCUGAGCAGCAAGUCCAAAGUGUCCUUGCUCAACAGAAGGAAGACAGCAUCAUGCAGAAGAAGCUUAAAGAAGAGUAUGAGAAAGCCAAGAAGCUUGCCAAAGCGGCAGAGGCUGCUAAGGAGAAGGCCGAAAGAGAGGCAGCUCUCCUUCGUCAACAGGCGGAGGAGGCAGAGCGACAAAAAUCAGCUGCUGAGCAAGAAGCCGCGAACCAAGCAAAAGCUCAAGAAGAUGCUGAAAGGUUGAGAAAGGAGGCGGAAAUUGAAGCUGAGAAACGAAAGCAAGCAGAAGCUGCAGCACUGAAGCAGAAGCAACAAGCUGAUGCUGAAAUGGUAAAGCACAAAAAACUGGCAGAGCAAACGUUAAAGCAAAAGUCUCAAGUGGAGCUGGAGCUCACAAAGGUUAAACUCAAGCUCGAUGAAACUGAUAAACAGAAAUCUCUCCUGGAUGAUGAGCUGCAGCGACUGAAGGACGAGGUGGACGAUGCUGUCAAACAAAGGGCUCAGGUGGAGGAGGAACUGUUCAAAGUCAAGGUUCAGAUGGAGGAACUACUCAAACUGAAAAUCAGAAUUGAAGAGGAAAAUCAGCGUCUUAUCAAGAAAGACAAGGAUAACGUACAAAAAUUCCUUGCUGAAGAGGCUGAGAAUAUGAAAAAGCUUUCGCAGGACGCUGCCAGACUUAGCGUAGAAGCCCAAGAAGCUGCACGCUUGAGGCAGAUUGCAGAAGACGACCUCAAUCAGCAGCGAGCUCUUGCUGAUAAAAUGCUCAAAGAGAAAAUGCAAGCCAUACAAGAAGCUUCUAGAUUACGAGCUGAAGCAGAGCUGCUACAAAGGCAGAAAGACUUGGCUCAGGAGCAGGCCCAAAAGCUGCUGCAGGAUAAACAAUUAAUGCAGCAGCGUCUGGAGGAAGAAACUGAGGAAUACCAGAAGUCACUGGAAGCAGAGAGGAAAAGGCAGUUGGAGAUCACAGCAGAAGCAGAAAAACUCAAACUACAAGUUUAUCAACUCAGCGAAGCCCAAGCCAAAGCUGAAGAAGAGGCCAAAAAAUUCAAGAAACAGGCUGAUACGAUCGCUGCCCGUCUUCAUGAGACUGAGAUUGCCACCAAGGAAAAAAUGACUGUAGUGGAAAAACUGGAAGUCCAGAGACUAAAUACGAGCAAAGAGGCUGACGAUUUACGCAAAUCUAUCGCAGACCUAGAGAAUGAGAAGGCUAGACUGAAAAAGGAGGCUGAAGAACUUCAAAAUAAGUCUAAAGAGAUGGCUGAUGCACAGCAGAAACAAAUGGAGCACGAGAAGACAGUGCUCCAGCAGACAUUCCUGACAGAAAAGGAAAUGCUUUUAAAGAAAGAGAAGCUAAUUGAAGAUGAGAAAAAGAGGCUGGAGAGCCAGUUUGAGGAGGAGGUGAAAAAGGCCAAGGCUCUUAAAGAUGAACAAGAACGCCAGAGACAGCAGAUGGAGGAGGAGAAGAAGAAGCUUCAGGCUACCAUGGACGUAGCCCUCAGUAAACAGAAAGAAGCUGAGAAAGAAAUGCAGAACAGGCAGAAAGAAAUGCAAGAACUGGAGAAGAAGAGAAAAGAACAGGAAAAAAUUCUUGCAGAAGAGAACCAGAAAUUGCGUGAGAAGCUGCAACAGCUUGAGAAAGCCCAGAAAGACCAGCCCAAAAAAGAAAUUGAUAUUCAGACUGAUAAACAGGGGAUCAUUAAUGGUCGUAGUGCUGUUGAGUUAGAUGGCGUGGACAAGAAACCAGAUCCAAUGGCUUUUGAUGGCAUUCGUGAUAAGGUAAAUGCAAGCAGACUUUUUGACCUUGGUCUUUUACCCAAGAAGGAAUUUGACAAGCUCAAAAAUGGCAAAACCACUGUUCAAGAGCUUGGUGAAACUGAAAAUCUAAAACAAAUUCUUAAAGGAAAGAAUCCCAUUGCUGGUGUCUUGACCCCAUCUAAUCAAAAAAUGUCAAUCUAUCAAGCAUCAAAAGAGAAGAUGAUUACCCCUGGCACAGCCAUGGUCCUUCUUGAAGCACAGGCAGCCACAGGCUACAUUUUAGACCCCAUCAAGAACCAGAAACUUUCUGUUAAUGAGGCUGUCAAGAAAGAAGUGAUUGGUCCUGAACUCCACAACAAAAUGCUUUCAGCUGAGAGAGCUGUUGUUGGCUACAAAGAUCCAUACAGCGGUGGGAAGAUCUCAGUCUUUGAAGCCAUGAAGAAGGGUCUGGUAGAACAUGAUCAAGCCAUCAGAGUUCUUGAAGCUCAGGUUGCAACUGGUGGUAUAGUAGAUCCUAUCAACAGUCACCGUGUACCCCAUGCAACAGCCUACAAACAGGGACAGUAUGAUGCAGAAAUGAAUAAGAUGAUGGAAAAACCCUCAGAUGACACAAAGGGAUACUUUGACCCCAGCACUCAGGAACCUUUGACAUAUUCUGAACUAAUGACAAGAUGCACCACUGACCCCGAGACUGGUCUGUUACUCCUGCCAAUCACAGACAAAGCUGCCCAGUGCUCUAGUAUGUACACUGAGGAAGAGACCAAGGAUGUGUUCAGCAAAACAACUGUCUCUGUGCCAUUUGGAAGAUUUAAGGGAAAGACUGUCACUAUUUGGGAGAUAAUCAACUCUGAGUACUUUACUGAAGACCAGAAGAAAGAUCUUCUCCGUCAGUACAAGACAGGAAAAAUCACAAUCGAAAAGAUCAUUAAGAUUGUAAUUACUGUGGCCGAGGAGAAAGAGAAGAAAAACGAAAUCACCUUUGAUGGUCUGAGAGCACCUGUCCCUGCUACUGAGCUUGUGGAGUCUAAAAUCAUUGACAAAGACCUGUACAACAAAUUGCAAAAGGGCAAUAAGACAGUCAAAGAGGUCUCUGAAAUGGAGCCUGUCCACAAAGCACUGAAGGGUACAAACUGCAUUGCAGGUGUAGUCAUUGACUCGUCCAAGGCAACAAUGUCCUUCUAUGAAGCUUUGAAGAAGGACAUGAUGAGGGCAGGACCUGCCUUGAAUAUGCUUGAAGCUCAGGCAGGAACAGGCUACGUGGUUGACCCUGUUCAUAAUCAGAAGUACACUGUUGACGAAGCUGUCAAAGCUGGUGUUGUUGGUCCUGAGCUGCACGAAAAGCUCCUAUCUGCAGAGAGAGCCGUUACAGGUUACAAAGAUCCUUACACUGGAAAGACUGUCUCUCUUUUCCAGGCAAUGAAAAAAGACCUCAUACCUAAAGAGCAAGGAAUCCGGCUGCUUGAUGCCCAGAUGACUACUGGUGGCAUCAUUGAUCCGGUAAAGAGCCAUCGUAUUCCUCAUGAUGUGGCUUGCAAGAGAAGUUACUUUGAUGAUGAAAUGAAGCAGGCUCUGAGCAGUCCCACUGAUGAGACCAAAUGCUUCUUUGACCCCAACACAAAAGAAAAUGUCACAUACGCACAGCUCUUCAAAAGAUGCGUCACUGACAAGAAAACUGGUCUCCAACUCCUGCCUCUUUCUGAUAAAGCAAUCAAUGCUAAGGAGGAGCCAACAUACAGUGAAGCCCAGACUAAAGAGGCUAUGACUCAGGCAACUGUGGAGCUUGACUCAGGGCCAUUUAAGGGCAGGAAGAUGACCCUGUGGGACAUUAUCAACUCUGAAUAUCUCACUGAGGAAGAGAGACUUGACCUGCUCAGACAGUUUAGGUCAGGAAAGUUUACAAUUGAAAAGAUAAUUAAGAUUAUUAUCACAGUUGUAAAUGAGAAAGAGGCCAAGAAACAAGAAAAGUCCAGCUUCAAGGGACUCAGAGCUCCUGUUCCAGCAAGCUCUCUAUGUGAUUCCAAAAUCAUUGACGAAGAAACCCUUGACCUCCUUCAACAAGUCAAAAUAACACCUAAGCAAGUCAGUGAGAAUCCUAGUGUCAACAAAUACCUCCAGGGCUCUGACAGCAUUGCUGGCAUCUACCUAGAACCCACAAAAGAGAAAAUAAGCAUUUAUCAAGCUAUGAAGAAAAAGCUCCUUCGGCACAACACUGGUCUUUCACUUCUUGAAGCUCAGGCUGGAUCUGGGUUCAUUGUAGAUCCGGUAAGGAAUCAAUACCUCUCAGUAGAUGAGGCAGUGAAGUCAGGCCUUGUUGGUCCAGAGUUACAUGAAAAACUCCUCUCAGCAGAGAAAGCUGUCACUGGCUAUAAAGAUCCAUUCACAGGCAACAAAAUCUCUCUCUUUGAGGCAAUGCAAAAGGAUCUAAUCCUCAAAGAGCAUGCCAUGCCCUUGUUGGAUGCACAAAUGGUCAGUGGGGGAAUCAUUGAUGUUGUAAACAGCCACCGUGUCCCCACUGAUGUUGCAUAUCAGAAGAAAAUUUUCAGUAAAGAAAUUGCCAAAACCCUGUGUGAACCAUCUGAUGAUAACAAGGCUUUCACAGACCCAGAAACUGAUGAGAAUGUAACCUACAGACAGCUUAAAGACAAAUGCCACAGAGAUAAAGAAACAGGCCUGUGCAUGCUCCCACUCUCCAAGCCUCAGUCUCCAACUGUUGUGGAGAAGACAUACCUCUACACAGAAGAACAAACUCAGAGUGAGUUGACAGACACUAAAAUUGACAUUCCAAUUGAGGGCCUUUCUGACAAACCAAUGAACCUCUGGGAUGUCAUGAACUCAAAUUUGCUUCCACAGCAAGAAAGACAGAAGCUCAUGGAUGAAUAUCGCUCUGGUCAAAUCACUAAAGAGCGGAUGAUCAUCAUCAUUAUUGAAAUCAUGGAGCAAAGAGAGAUCAUGAGAACUGAUAGCCCAAUGUCAUAUAAGACCAUAAGGAGAAGAAUAACAAUUGAAGAACUCUACAAUGCUCGCAUCAUUGACUUGGAGACAUACAACCUUCUUAAACAGGGCAAGAGAGAUAUCCGUGACAUUAUGGAGAUGACCAGUGUGAAACAGUAUCUCUAUGGCACAGGCUGUGUAGCUGGGGUCACAACUGACUCAAGCUCCAAGAUAAGCAUAUACCAGGCCAUGAAGAGAGGUUUUAUUCAACCAGAAAUCGGCCUCAGCCUCCUGGAAGCACAAGCUGCAACAGGAUUCAUUGUAGAUCCAGUAAAGAAUGAGACACUCACUGUUGAUGAAGCUGUUCGUAAAGGUGUUGUUGGCCCUGAGAUCCACGACAAACUUCUUUCAGCUGAACGAGCUGUUACAGGAUACAAAGAUCCCUACAGUGGGAAAGUCAUAUCCCUUUUCCAGGCCAUGAAAAAGGAUCUUGUGCCAGUGGAUUAUGCUCUAAAAAUGAUAGAGGCACAAACUGCCACUGGUGGUAUUAUUGAUCCCGAAUUCCAGUUCCACCUGCCAGCAGACGUUGCCAUGCAAAGAGGCUAUAUCAACAAGGAAACCAACGAGAGACUGAAUGAUGAUGUUAAAGGAUUCACUGACCCUGUCACUAAUGAGAAAGUGUCAUAUGCUGAGCUGCUAAAGAGGUGCAAGUUAGAUGGUGGCUUGCGCCUGCUCUCCCUGGGAGACAAGAGGCUGACCUUCAAGGGUCUGAGAAAACAGAUCACAAUGGAGGAACUGCUGCGCUCACAAAUUAUUGACCAGCAGACCGUCACUGAACUGAAUGAAGGCCUUAUUUCAGUGGAGGAGGUUAGCAAUAGGCUAUCAAGGUACCUUGAGGGCACAGGCUGUAUUGCUGGUGUGUUUUUGGAACCCUCAAAGGAACGUUUAUCAAUUUACCAGGCCAUGAAGAAGAACAUGAUUAGGCCAGGCACUGCAUUUGAACUCCUUGAGGCCCAGGCAGCCACAGGGUAUGUCAUUGAUCCAAUCAAAAACCUCAAACUGACUGUCAAUGAAGCAGUGAAGAUGGGAAUUGUGGGCCCAGAAUUCAAAGACAAGCUUCUCUCUGCUGAGCGUGCAGUGACAGGAUAUAGAGAUCCUUAUUCUGGCAGGACAAUUUCCUUGUUUCAGGCCAUGAAAAAGGGGCUCAUCCUUAAAGAUCAUGGUAUCCGUCUCCUGGAAGCCCAGAUUGCCACUGGUGGAAUCAUCGACCCAGAGGAAAGUCACCGUGUGCCAGUUGAGGUGGCCUACAAACGUGGCUUCUUUGAUGAGGAAAUGAAUGAGAUCCUGACAGAUCCAUCUGAUGACACCAAAGGCUUCUUUGAUCCUAACACUGAGGAAAACCUAACCUACCUCCAGCUGAUGGAGAGAUGUAUCACUGACCCUGACACAGGACUGGUGCUCCUGCUGCUCAAAGAAAAGAAGCGGGAAAGGAAGACCUCCUCCAAAUCCUCAGUUCGUAAACGCAGAGUUGUCAUUGUAGACCCAGAGACAGGCAAAGAAAUGACUGUGUAUGAAGCCUAUAGGAAAGGGCUCAUUGACCACCAAACCUACCUUGAGCUUGCUGAGCAGGAGUGUGAAUGGGAAGAGAUCACAAUGACAUCCUCUGAUGGUACUGUAAAGUCCAUUAUCAUUGACAGGAGGUCAGGGAGACAGUACGAUGUUGAUGAUGCUCUUUCUCGUGGACUUAUUGAUCAGAAUGCUCUUGAUACAUACCGAGCUGGCAACCUGUCCAUCACAGAGUUUGCUGACAUGCUUUCUGGCAACAUGGGAGGCUUCCGAUCACGCUCGUCCUCUUUUGGUUCCACCACUGGUUCCACCUACUCUUCUCCCAUGAGCCCUAUACCCUCCAUGAAAGCACCUGCAGUUAUUUGGAAUGACCCAACAGAGGAGACUGGCCCCAUAGCAGGAAUACUGGACACAGACACACUGGAGAAGAUCUCUAUCACUGAGGCAAUGCACAGAAAUGUGGUAGACAAUAUCACAGGCCAGAGACUGUUGGAGGCCCAAGCCUGCACGGGGGGAAUAAUUGACCCCACAAGUGGAGAAAGAUUCUCAGUUGCAGAUGCCACAGAAAAAGGCCUUGUGGAUAAAGCCAUGGUUGACCGCCUUAACCUGGCUCAAAAAGCAUACAAUGGAUUUGAAGAUCCGAGAACUAAAGAAAGGAUGUCUGCCUCCCAGGCUCUAAAGAAGGGCUGGUUGUAUUAUGAGGCUGGCCAGCGUUUCCUUGAGGUCCAAUAUCUGACCGGUGGACUUAUUGAGCCCAGUGUCGAGGGCAGAGUGUCACUUGAUGAAUCCAUCAGGAAGGGCACAAUCGAUGCCCGCACAGCUCAGAAGCUGAGAGAUGUCAGCGCAUAUUCUAAAUAUCUAACAUGUCCAAAAACCAAGCUGAAAAUCUCCUUCAAAGAUGCCAUGGACAAAAGCAUGGUUGAGGAAGGAUCUAGUCAAAGGCUUCUGGAAGCCUCCUCCCAGUCCAGCAAAGGCCUCUACAGUCCCUACAAUGCCAGUGGUCCUGGAUCUGCAUAUGGCUCUCGAACUGGCUCAAGGACCGGAUCCCGAACAGGCUCUAGAAGAGGCAGUUUUGAUGCUGGCUCUGGCUUCAGCAUGAACCUCUCCUCCUCCACCUUCACAUCCUCUUCUAGCUACAGCCGCAGAUUCUGAUUAGCUAGUUCUCUUUCUAAUAACUUGUGACCUAGAACCAUCAGUACUAAUGCACUUUACAGUUGCAUUUCUAACAGGAAAUAAUAGUUACAGUAACAAAGAAAAUAUAAUUUAUUUAUUCUACUUUGCAUGUGGUCACAAAUUGAAUUGAAGAAUUGCCUAGGCUAUUGAUUUUUUUCCAUGACAUCUGUUUAAACAUUUGCUCAUAUAUAGAGGAACCAAGCAUUACAAGACACAUAAAAUAUUAAAUUCUUUUUUCUUAGUACUGAUUGCAAGUCAGUUUCUAUUUUUCAAAGCAAAGCAUGACAUUUCUGCAGUUUUUUAAGUGACUUUAGUUUUCAUUUUACACUUGUUAAAAUGAUGCAUACUUGUGCUUUAUGAAACUAAUAUAUACUUUGUUUGUCAGACAGAAAUAUUUUUCCAGUAAUCCUUGUUUUCUUUGAAAUUCAAGAAUAUUUGUCUAUUUUUAUCUUUUUUGAAAGUACUAGUAAUGAGACACCAAAUGUCAAUAGACUUCUAAUGUUUUUAACUAAUAGAUAUAUAUACAUAUGCCUUCAAAAUUUCUGAAUGUUUGUAUAGAGUAUGGACAAGUACAUGUCCAUGUUUUUAUUUUAUAAGUUGCCUGGGUAACUGUAUGCUGUACCCAGUGAAUCGCAACACCUGUGAGACACUACAAAACAAGACACUACAAGAAUGCAACGCUGAAAAGAAGAGCCAGAAUUAAAAUUAUGCAGACUUUCCUGAAA